AUGCUACUUGUUGGAAUACACAGAAAUAUUGUUUCGCGACAAACAUUGGGCCGUGUUUUGCGGCCAAGCGUGCUGGUCAGGAUGUACAGCAUACCUCCAGACCUCGAAAAAACAAUCUCGGCAAGAAUCCCCGGACAAGCAAAACAAACAAAUAACCUCUCAGAUAGACUUCCUCGUUCGCUGAAACUCGAGAAGGAGGCCAUGCCGUCUCUGUUACCACAUCCCAACGCCCCAGAGCCCUCCAAGUACCCGUUGGCAAAGAUGUUUGCGCAACUGAAGCGUGCAAAGGAGCCGGAACUCAUAUACGAGAGCGAAAACCACAGACUGUAUUUCGUCUUCUGCUACUGUUUCGGUCUCGUCUUUCUUAUCUAUGGCAUCAACGUCCUGUCAAUAGGCCACGAAAUGGCCAUGAACAUAUAUGAGGAAAACGAGAACAAUCUGAGUGAUCUGCAUAACAAUUUGCGUUUGGGAAUGCAUUUGUCGAUCGUUGCGGCGGCAGGAAUCCUCACGGCGCUGUGUGGCGUGGCUUUUGCGCUUGCGCCGUCGCGACUGGUCCGCAGAAUGUGGUAUCUCCCUGGCGGUGAUCUCAAGGAGCCGUUUGUGAGGUUCACCUCGCACCCUGUGCUUCCCUACAAGCCUACGCCGGUCCACACGAUGCCUCUGUCCCAUCUACGCAAAAACAAGUUUGCCAAGGUGUACACGGGAGACGGCUUCUACGGCACUGGAGAUUCCAUUUUCAUUUUCUGGCUGAACCAGAAGGGCUCUCGGGCGCCAUGGCUGAUCGACAGAAAAGGAUUCUUUUGGGGCGACGGGCGUGUCUUUGAUCUGCUGUUCAGCGACGACACGAUCGAUUACGUCGAAAGAAGCAAGAAAAUAGACGAGAUGUAUGGCGAUCUGCUGCGAAAGAAGAGAGAGAAGGAUGCACAGCUGAAGAAGGAGCACGGGUUUGGCUGGCGGACCAAGGCUGCCAGUCAGCUGAUGGUCGAGGAUAUAAAGAAGAUUCUCGACGCCGACAAGGUUCCGCAGGUGAGCGAGAAGGGUGAAAAGGUGAAUAAGAAAAAUGAUAAAUAG